CAAUUUAAAAAAGUUACUCAGAGGUCCUUAGAGGACAAAAAUGUCAGCGUCAAAAACUGCCAUAAUAAUAUUAUAUGUGAAUAAAAUUUUAUUUAACCAACAUCAGUCCUGAUCAUAACUACUAAAUAUUCAUUCAUUUUCAGGAUUUUAACCCUUUAAAUGGCAGUUUGUUUACAUAAUGCCACUGUUGUUUUUUACACACACACACACACACAAACACACAAAUUUCUCAGUACACACAUAUAAAACACCAUACCAGCACACCCAUUAUCAAAACAGCUGCAUAAUUUAUUCAGUUGGCAUGUAUUUGCUCCAUAGGCUAAACAUGAGAAAAAUGGCGCCAUCUGGUGUAAAAUAUUUAAAAAUAAUAAUUUUGAAGCCAGGGCUCCGGAAUGAAAGCAUAAUAUAAUAGAAUUCAUGAUUUUAUGCUUUAAUGGCACUGGGAUUAAAUAUUGCAGUUUUAAUGGGUUUCAGUGGGGACAUUUUUGUCCUUAAGUUCCUGAGUGUAUCUAUGUUAUGUACACAUUGUAUUAUAGAUGUAUUAUAGGAACUGAGAUUGAAAUAUCAAAAUUCCCCAAAACUUACACACCUACAAAAUUUGUGCUGUUGGCAUUAACACAGCCAAAAUGAUCGAAAAAACAAAAACGAAUAAAGCAAAAAUGUCCUGAAGGUCGCACAAGGGUUAAAUAACAAAAGCUGUUUAUGAAGAAUUUACUUGGUUUUGUGCCAUGUCAGAGAAACCACUGCUAUAUUUUGAUUUCUGUUUGCUGACCACAGAGUCAGAUUUAGAUUUUGGAAACACAUAGUUCUUCAUUUGUCCAUUCAACCUGCAACUAUAACAACAGCUCAGUCUUGAACAUUGGAAUAAACACUGACCAUUCCAUUAAAAAAAUCUCUUGAUUUACAGAAAUGUCUAGCAUCUUGUUCUUCACUCACUUAUGUUGUUAAAAUGCUGAGUUUGCCUUUCCCUCCAACUCAUUGAGUUUUACAUUAGGAUAAAUAAUUUCCUUUCUUCUGAAAAUGCUAAAUAUUACAAAAAACAUAAUAGCCUGUAAGAUAUGUAGUUAGAACUUUUUCUCAAGUGUAUCCAUGCUGGAAUAAACCCACAUACGUAAUUGCACUGCACUCAUUUACUGCACUCAUUUACGUACUCAUUUACGCAAUUGCACUGCACAUUAAGGGAUACCCUUUCAGUAAGCCACAUGUUCAUUCACAACUAAAUUUUUUUCCUAGUUGAGACUCCCUGGCUUCAGCUUCCAUUACAGUACUAGCUUGAGUUUCUUAUGAAAGAUGCAAUGCCCCCUUACUUUCUGGUUUAUGUGGUCAGGGAAAAGCAAAGGAAAGAUUCCCCUAACCAAGUCUCCCAGCAGGGACCACUUCAUGAAAGGUGACACUUUAAGAAAUGUGGUGUUUUUCAGCAUUGCAGAUUGCUUUGUAGGUGGAGAUGGAGGUGGAUAUGCUUAGCACAGCAACUUGUACAGUCUGUCAGAACUCGACCCACAUGGUCUUAUAGCACCGGAAUGUAGACCUGCUGCAAAAGUUUCAUAUAGCCAUGAAGUCUAUACAGAAUAUAUUCAGCUUCAUUCCUGUAUAGACUGGACUCUUAGGCCUAAAUACAACCAUGUUGAACUGCCUUUAACCAUAUUCAGAUAUAUACUUAAAAUGUUUUUGCUGUGCUUCAAUUUUCCAUACCCUCCAGUAAAGUGGGGAAAAGCAUUUCCACUACACACCUUUGCAUGAUUGUCUGACAUGUCUAGGAUGAUUUUAUGUGUGCUUGAAAGCAUUAACCUCUUCUUUGCCUUUUUAUUCCAUCUACUUUAUGCGUCAGAGGCAUUUUUACAGCCAUCACAGAUGUGAAUUGCAGUUGGCUUGAAGAGUCUGAACAUUCAGGUGGAGGAUGUUCGUAUACGUCCCAUCCUGUCAUCAUAUCGUAAACGUAUCCCAGUGACAGAAGGCUAUGUGGAGGUGAAAGAUGAAGGCCGGUGGAAGCAGGUCUGUGAUGACGAAUGGAGUCAGAUGAACAGCAGGGUCAUCUGUGGCAUGUUCGGCUUUCCUGGAGAGAAGAAAUAUAAUACCCGUGUGUACAAGAUGUUUGCCCGCAGGAGAAAGCCAUCAUACUGGGAUUACUCCAUAAAUUGCACUGGAAAUGAAGCUCAUUUGUCUAGCUGUAAGCUGGGCCACACUCUCACCUUCAAAGCUAAUAGCACGUGUGGGCAAGGCAGUCCUGUGGUAGUCAGCUGCAUCCCUGGCAAAGCUUUCGCCCCAACUCCCAUGGCAGGCUACAGGAAGGCUUUCAGACAAGAGCAACCCCUGGUGCGUCUCAGAGGUGGCGCUGUGGUUGGAGAGGGACGUGUGGAGGUGUUGAAGAAUGGAGAAUGGGGCACAAUCUGUGAUGAUAAAUGGAACCUCCUAUCAGCUACUGUGGUGUGUCGUGAGCUUGGUUUUGGGAGUGCCAAGGAGGCACUUUCUGGAGGUCAGCUUGGACAAGGAAUGGGCCCUGUACAUAUGAAUGAGGUUCAAUGUUCUGGCUUUGAGAAGUCUGUCACGGAGUGCCACUUCAACAUGGAUAAAGACUCUGAAGGCUGCAGUCAUGAGGAGGAUGCAGGUGUUCGGUGCAAUGUUCCCGCCAUGGGCUUCCAACAGAGGUUGCGGUUGAGUGGAGGUCGUAACCCAUUUGAAGGCCGUGUUGAGGUGCUAAUGGAGCGAAACGGCUCUCUGGUGUGGGGCACUGUAUGUGGUUUUGGCUGGGGCACUAUGGAGGCCAUGGUCGUCUGCAGACAACUGGGCCUGGGCUUUGCGAGUAACGCUUUUCAGGAGACAUGGUACUGGCCCGGUGCAGUGAAUGCAGAUGCAGUGGUAAUGAGUGGGGUGAGGUGUGCAGGAACAGAGAUGUCUCUCUCCCACUGUCUGCAUCAUGGAGAAUAUCUCAGCUGCCCUAAAGGUGGAGGACGCUUUGCAGCUGGAGUUUCCUGCUCUGAGACUGCUCCAGAUCUGGUGCUAAACCCUCAGGUGGUGGAACAGACCACAUACUUAGAGGACCGUCCCAUGUUUAUGUUACAGUGUGCCUAUGAGGAGAACUGCCUGGGUUCCACCUCUAGCGCCACGCCAGCCAACUCCUAUCGCCGCCUUCUCCGGUUCUCCUCCCAGAUACACAACAAUGGACAGACCGACUUCAGACCCAAAGCCUCCAGAGACACCUGGGUUUGGCAUGACUGCCACAGACAUUAUCAUAGUAUGGAAGUGUUCACCCACUAUGACCUACUUAGUCAAAAUGGCACCAAGGUGGCAGAGGGACACAAAGCAAGCUUCUGUCUGGAGGACUCAGAAUGUGAUGAAGGAAUUGAGAAGAGAUAUGAGUGCGCAAACUUUGGUGAGCAGGGUAUCACAGUGGGCUGCUGGGAUACAUACAGACAUGAUAUUGACUGCCAGUGGGUAGACAUUACAGAUGUUAAACCCGGAGACUACAUAUUCCAGAUUGUAAUUAACCCCAAUUAUGAGGUUGCUGAGUCGGAUUACACCAAUAACAUUGUCAAAUGCAGAUGUCGAUAUGAUGGUCACCGUAUAUGGAUGUAUAAUUGCCAUAUAGGGGGCUCCUUUAGUGCAGAGACAGAAGACAAUUUCCCAGGCCUGCUCAACAACCAGGUGACCCACAGGUAAAACAAACAGGGGUGCUGAGAAACAUCCAGAAAUCCUGGCCAACCAGUGAGAUUACCAAGAGGCCUGAACCACUACACCUAUCUAGAGAACCUUUCAUCUCUCAGCAGUAAUUCAGUGGUGCUACUUCAACUGUGCUCAAAGCCAGCACUGUCCUGUACUGUCCUGACUGAUCAUCAGUUUUUCAAUCAAUAACUCAAAUUUGAGACAGCCCUGCUGAAAAGGCCAGCAUCGCUGGUCACCAGCAAAUGUUGUGUUUUGGGAACUGGUCCCUAGCAUAUAUGAACCAGUAUGGACCAACAUGAAAAUUCAUGCUGGUUUAAGCUGGUCUUUUCAGCAGGGGAGUAAAUGACUCUGAAAACAGCUCUUUGGCUCAGAUUAACAGACUGAAAAGGUGUUUUUCCGUGGCACCACUGAGCUGGUAACGAUUCUGAAACUUCCUUCAAACCUCAUGUUUGCUGCUGGUGUCGAGGAUGAAACUGUGGAUAUACUCAAGUGACCUCACAUCAGACAUGAAAGGAACUCUGGUGCACUUUUUUUUAACUUGAAAGGACUUGUGGUUUAGGUCAUUUUGUAAGUGUUUUGAUAAAGUGAUAGGACUUAAUAUUACAUGAAACUACAGAAAAAUAAAGGCAUGAAGAGACCAUCUCCUUCUUUUCUUUGUGUCUUACGCAUUUCAGCUUUAUACUUUGGCAUUCUGAAAACCAGGUUGAUUUUAUUAUUAUUAUUAUUAUUAUUAAUGUUUUUUUUUUUUGUUUUUUUUUUGCUUAUAGAGAAUAUUAUUGGUUGUUAUUUAAGUGCCUUAUAGUUUUGUAGUUAAAAACAAAUCUGAUACAGUGGAACAUUAAAAAUAUAUGAGCCCUACAAUAUUUUCAACCAAUGUCCUAUUUCAUCUCUAUUGUUAGAAAUUAUAUUUUGUUAUAUUAUUGCUUUUCAGUAUUGCCAGCAACAGUCUUCACUCAGAGGAGAAUCCUUAAAUACCACCGAUCAGAUUGAAAAUUUAUUGUAGCAUACCAGUAGUAGAUGACCCUGUGCAAGCUCUUCUAUUUUCAUUUUCUUGUAUUGCCUUGUUAUUUUUAAGUCGACUUAUGGUCAGUUAUUGUGGACAAUUGUUAUGAAUUAUUUAUGCCCUCCAUUCUGUAACUCGUAUGAAGCUGACUGGAAGCAACAUCACAAGCAAGCCUUUCCAACCAUUUGUGAAAGAGCAUUCUUAGUAUUUCGUCAUACAAGUAUUAAAUAACUUAUUUUAAGACAGGGAUUUCAAAUGCUAUUUCCACAUUUCUUGGUUUUUCAGUGUGGAAUGACUUUCACGUGUUGGUCUGUCAAUGGUGCUAAAAUCAUGUUAUCCUCUGUUUUUUUGAGGGAACAUAUCAGCUUAUUUUAUAUUAUGCUUACUUGAAUGGAUGUAAAAAUCAUGGAUGUAUGCAAUGUAGCGUAAUAAAUAUCUGGCAAAGAAAAA